AUGGCACGUUCCAAGAAACCCUGUCGAAGUGAUUGCUUCCGUAAAACCAAUCUUAUGGACUUGUACAGCUUUUCGGCACCAAUUGGCAUUGUUCUUUGCCUCGUUAUGGGAACUUUCAUCAUUCGCACCAGUCCCAAGUACACGAAAUAUUUCGAAGAAAUGGACAAUGUCUUGAUGUUUGUAAUUUUCAUGAAUCUGACAUUAGCGGUAGUGUCUUUUCUUUACAACAUGAUAACCAUGCAAGGGAAGAAUAAUGAGCACCUCCGAAUUUACGAACAUUUAGAGAAAAUUGAUGCUAAGCUUGUUCACGAGUUCCACGCAAAUAUGCACUACGAAAAAAUCGCUCUCAAAAUAUCAGUGGUUUUCUAUGUUUUUUUGACAUACGGAAAUGUUGUCAAUAUCGUGGUCAUUAGUUACUGGUCUCAGGGAAAUCUCAAGACCGUCUAUCUUAUUACUUUCUGUCACACAUUUAUGCUUAGCGGAAUGCAUAUGAUUGUUUAUAGUUUUAUGACCGUGGCCGACUUGAUUCGAAUAAGAUUUCGAUUGUUGCAGAAACUAUUGAACCCUGGAUAUCUCCAGAGGCACUAUAGUGACUCGGAUGUGCGUGCUUAUAAACUUACUCGAGCAAUUGAGAUUUAUCGAGAACUCUAUAGAGUGAUUGAUGAACUAAAUUCUGUUUACGGAUUUUGCUUGUUAUCCUGUCUGGCACAUGACUUUACGCUGGCCACGAGUCUAUUCUUCUUGAUGUUUGGCCAAGCGGCCAGUUUGGAUGAGGUGGAUGGUAAGCAUUUGUCGUUUGUGUUUUUGUUGUUGCUGCCACCGGCUUAUAAGAUGUUCAUGAUGCCAAUAUAUUGUACGAUGUCGUUGAAUGAGGGAAAAAAGUGUAUGAGGAUAAUAAAAUUGAUGGAUGACGCUUUUCCCGGAAAUGAACGAAUACGACGAAUUGUUGCUGAUGCUCUCUGGUGGAAUAAUCAUAACAAGGACAGUAAAUAUAAAAUAGGAUUCAUGAUGACGGCUAAUACUGGUCUCAUAACAAUAAUGACGUCAGCUAUAAUGAAUUAUGUUGCCAUAUUAAUUCAAUUUCAAAUUCAAGAGGAAAUCCUAAAAGUUUAG